UUGUAGGCUUGGAAAUGACUGCGAUGAUUUUCCGACACGAAAAACUACACACUGAUUUAUUCCAAUGUUUAUGGCUACCCAUGAGUACUACACGACUGUGCAGCACGGCUGCUACCGAACCUUGCAAUUCACGGCGCGAUUUAUACCAAACCCUUGGUGUUGAAUCAUCUGCUACGACAAAAGAAAUCAAAGCAGCUUACUACCAAUUGUCAAAGAUUUACCAUCCAGACAGACACGAUGGUAAAGAACAGAAGAAUUUGGCCGCCGAGAAAUUUUUACAGGUAACAGAAGCAUACGAAGUUUUAUCAUCCGAUGAAAAACGGAAAGCUUAUGAUAAGAAGUGCCAAGAAAAUUGGAUGCAGACACCAACGGGGAGUUGGCCGAUGCAGAUGAAAGUGAAAAAGAGCUUUGAGGAUUUGGGAUUAGAUUACAAAACCUUCGAAGAUUUUCAGCGUAGUGUGAAUACUAGGAAACAACAGGCUAGACACGAUCACUGGCAAAUGCCUGAUGAAUUUUUCGCUCAUUUCGAUAGUCCCCGUGAAUUCACUAAUACUUUUCGUCCACGAACAGCAACUUAUUUUACCUACAGUUACAAAGAUCCGAUGCAGCGACAGCGUGAGAUGAGAGAAUGGCAAAUUUUAAAGGAAAUUGAAGAAGAAAAACGAAAAUCUAAAUAUAAAACACCAGCCUUUAUGGUGAUGGAGGGGGAACGAAGAAAACAAGAGCUAAGGGAAAAAAGAACAACCAAUAUUUUACUUCUUGUUUUUGGAUGUGUGUCGAUAUUAACCUAUAUCCGCUUAACGUAGGAUACUACAAUGCUGUAAACCGUAGAAAAUAUAAAUAUCAAGUUGAGAUAAAGUUAAAUUUUCUGUCCUCAAAACUUUUACAAAAUUUUCUUCACAGAACUUCCGC